GCAGCUGCAGCGAAGCGACAGGAUCGCAGGCGCCAAGCUGCACAAGAACCCGCCAGCGCCAACAUAGAAUCGCCAUGUCGACGCUAGGCCGGCGUCUCUUCGGUAGAUGACGGCGACAGUGCUAUCACGAGCAUUCUUGCCACGCGACUUUCCAGGCCAAGCUGCAGGCGUGAAGAGCGUGACCGCGGGUUUUGUCUCCUUGUCGCAUCUACUACGUAUCCAAGCACCAAGGCCACUUGCAUGUCCGAUAUAAGCAAGAUGGCCAUUCGUCUGCCUGUGGCCGUGCACACCGUUGCUGGCAGUAGGAUGGAGCAUACGGCCGGCGCAGCAGCUUGGACGUCCAUGGCCUCUGUCGCUCUGGCGGAACGCUGGCGAACAAGGGGCCGCGUAUCCGGAUAGUUCUGCAACGAUUUCCGGAGCAAUCAGAUCCAAGUUUUCUUUCGACGGCUUUUGGAUCGGCGGAGGGAGCGGGCGGGCAAGAUACCGACCACCAACGACGCACGACUCGAGACGAGAGACCGCGCGGACGAGAAACGCAACAAGAUGGUCGACAUUGCGUCCUUCCCCUCCAUCAUACGCAGCAUGACCUGGGGCGCCGCCAAGUCGGAGGACGAGAAGCACCUGCGCGAGCCCUUGCUCAUGCCCGAGGACGACGACAACGAUAGCCUCGACGACGAUGACAACCAGCGCGUGUACGACGUUCACGAAAGGUUGAUGAAGAAGAAAUUGGACGCGCACGUCGUCGUCAAGGUCGAGCCCAAACUCACCCGAUCCGAGCGCCUGCUGCGCCUGGGCCGGUCGUCGGCGAUGGGUCUCUUCGCCUCGAUCGCAUCGCGCCCUUCCGCAACAACGUACAUGAAUCUGUCGCCCAAGAUCGAAUCCAACCAAGAAAUCAUGGUGGCAGCGCUCAUCAAACUGGCGGUCUUGACGAUCUUGGCCGUUGCAUGGCUCCUCUCUGCGCUCUACCGACAAGCUGCCCUUGCGCCGUAGCACGCCACACCUUCUUCAUCGUCAUAUUGACCACGUCUCUUAUCCAUAACAUCAGGACGACGUAACUCAACCCAAUUAUCAACUUGAACGCAUAUGCUUUUUGUACA